AUGGAUGAAACAGGUCUACAACUUAACAACAAACCUGGAAAAGUAGUUGCCUUGAAAGGUUCUAAGAAUGUGACAUCUGUUACUUCGGGAGAAAAGGGUGAAACUAUCUCAGUAUUGACAUGUGUGAAUAAAGAGGGUACGUUCUUACCACCUUUUUGCAUAAUGAUAGGGAAAAAUUCAAAACCGGAGUUUAGUGACGGUUUGCCACCUGGAGCUGAAGUGAAAAUGUCUCCAAGGUCGGGUUAUGUAAAUGCUGAAUUAUUUUUUGAUUGGAUGAAAACUCAUUUUACUCCAAGAAAACCAAUAGGACAGCUACUCCUCCUGCUAGAUGGACACACAUCGCAUACUAGCAGCACUGAAAUGUUGGAGUUCGCAGGAAAUACUGAAAUAAUUUUGAUGUGCAUUCCUCCCCACACCAGCUUGGCUUGCGCCAUUAGAUCGUGCUUUUUUAAGUCUCUAUUAAUGAACUACUAUUCUGCUUGCUCCAAUUACAUGACCAAUAAUACCUCGAGGAAGAUUACCCGGCUGCAGUGCGGCACACUUCUUAGCUUAGCUUGGGGGAAGUCAGCAAACGUAGAUAAUGGAAUUAGUGGCUUUAGAACGUGUGGAGUCAUUCCUUUUCAACCCGAUGCAAUACCAGACUACGCUUUUCUGUCAGAACCUACAGAUUCCCUGCCUCUAGAUACAUCUCUUUUUUUCCAAAAUGAGAUAACCAACGUUGCUGGUCCUAAUAGUUCAAGGAAUGAUGACGCUGUUACUGGUCCUAGUAGCUCAAGAAAUGAUGCUGCUACAGCUGUUCCUAGCAGCUCAAGAAACAAUAGUAAUGCUGAUACUUCAAGAAGCUAUGAAGAUGUUCCUGUGCCUAAAUCCUCUGAACAAUAUGAGGAUAUAUCUGAAAACGAAACCUCCUCAAAGUUAUUGGACAAAAUACAUCCAGUGCCUUAUGUCAAUAAUGUUCAGAAUCUGAGAAGGAAGUUUCAAGCUAUAUCAAAGGUUUCAAUCUCUCCGGAAAGCAUAAGUGCCCUCAAAAUAAAAAGAUGGAAAAUAGUUGAAGAUUACGAUAAAAGAAGAAAGAAGGAGAAGAAAAGAAGAAAGAGAGGGAGGAAAAGAAAUAAUGGAGGGAGAAAAAGAAGUUAG